GGCUGAUGUAAUAAAAACUCACGAAGAGUCGAAAAGUGAAAAAUUGGCCACCGUGCAAAGUGAUGGAGCUCAUCGUCCUCGUACGCCUAACCAGCACCGAAAAGCAACGUCUUCACCCGGCUAUCCCACAAGCUUAUCGAGGUGGGCCAGAUCUUCGACCCAGAGAACUUCCAGUCUACACGAGGGCAUGCAGAUAGAAGAAAAUGCUCCAGGUAUACAAGCUAGGGUGUAGGCAGGAGAUGGUGUCCCUCGAGGCCGACGAAGCCAACGUACUUUAUGUAACAGAGGAAGCUGGGAUUGUCGCAUCCCGUGUCGGCGACUGACGGAGCAAAUGGUGCUGGCAGUCA